AUGAGUGAUCAUACAACCGACACGUUGGGUGUUUCGGACGAUUCAGAAACACCGGAAGCUUCUACAGUCGGCAAUCAAACAGAAAUGGAUUCGACCAACAGUUGCACUAGACAGGCUACCGAAACAGAAACAAAUGCUACCAUAGAUCUCCCGAAAACAUUUCUUUCAUUCCGCCCUACCUAUGCUCAAGACGGGCCGGAAAGCGAUUCGUGUUGCUCCACACGCAAUAAGCUGAAAGUUCGCAAAGACCAUCGUACGGAAACUCGCCCGGCACCGUACCUCAAGGUGCGACCGUCAGCAUUAUUUACAUCUCGAUUUUUAGAAGCUGUCUCAUACAAUAACGCUGAUAAGGUGAAGGAAAUGAUACAGCAAGGAAUGUCGCCCAACACGUUUGAAUGCUAUUUCAAUCGUUCGGCGUUGCAUAUUGCCUGCAGCAGAGGUUACCGGGACGUCGUUCGGGUUUUGCUGGAGAACUCGGCCAAUCCGAACAUACGGGAUAAGAAUUUAAGCACACCGCUACAUUUAGCCGUAAGUACGGAAAGCGUAGAGGUGGUACAGAUGUUGCUCGACUACGGCACCAACGUAUUGCUGCGGGAUUCAAACGGUAUGCUGGCGUUGGACUUUUCAAUCGGUAAAUUGCGACUCUCGGAGCGUAUCAUCUCCAAAAUGCAAACGCUAAGCCAGACCGACAUACAUAAGCAUCGGGAAAAAACGGUGGACAUUUGCGAAAGAAUCUUUUCUGUUUUCAAGCGACAGAUUAGGAAUCUCGAUGUACAGAGUCACGGCAUAGAUCAGGAAAAGCUGGAAGAAAUGUUGAAAGAUUUCUCCGAAAAGCUAGAUACAGUACGUCAGCGGAAUAUCGAUACGCUCGUUGACCAAAUCACUAACAUGAAGGUAAAAAACGAAAUAGAUAGCGACGUGAAUUCACUACUCUCAAGGCUGAAAACGUUUACCCUGUAG